AAUAUAGGUAGUCAGAUYAUACUCUAUUGUAAUAGAAGGUAGUAUAGACUAUAGUUGGUUUACUGUAAACUUGCUAUUAUAGUUAGUAGUUCGGAAACGUUGAGAGGCGCUAUUCGUUAAUGAGACUAUACCGUCAGGCUGUUCCUUAGUUAAAUAUUUCAUUUUAUACAUUUGUUUACAGUUCAUAAUUUCGUAUAAUGAAUACUUCCACACAAUACAGCAUGCGUUGGGACGACUUUUCAUCCCAUUUCACAAACGAAUUUGUGUCUCUACGGAAUGAUGAACAAUUCGUCGAUGUUACUUUAUGUUGCGACGAUCAAUUCAUCAAAGCUCACAAAGUUAUUUUAUCAGCAUGCAGCCCUUAUUUUAAAAAAAUACUCAUGAUGAAUCCAUCAAAACAUGUCACAGUUAUUAUGCACAACGUGGAAUAUGAACUCAUGAAGACUUUAGUUGACUUUAUGUAUUUGGGAGAAGUACUUGUAAAUCAAAAUAAUGUUGAUAGAUUUUUUAAAUUAGCCAAAACAUUUAACAUAAAAGGAUUUCAAAAUGGAUUCAAUAAAAAUGAAACUUCAAUUUUGCCAUCUUUAUGUGAAAAUGUUGAGCAAGAUGUGCCAAAAAAUGAUGUUAUUGAUUCAAUGGACAACCAUGAUGAUGGAUUAUUUGCUAAUCAACUAGAUCAACUCAAUCAACUUGUAAAUCCCAAUGAAAUAAUUAAACGAAGGAAAAUAGAAACAAAUUAUUGGCAACAAUCUUCUGAAUCAACUCCAUCAACACAACCAGARAAACAGAGGUGUCAUUCUUUGGAUCCACGGCCAUGUCCAGAAUGUGGACGUCAAUAUAGCAGUUUAUCCAACUUAAGGCAGCACAUUGAAUUAAUUCAUAAACCUGGUUGUGUUGUUUGUCCUUUAUGUGGUAAAACAUUCAAAAAUAAGCUUUAUCUACGGCGGCAUUUUAUAAGUUUUCAUGAAAUGUUACCAUCCAAAGUACAAAAUACAUCUGACCCAGGUACACCUUACACUUCAAAUCCAUUACAUUAUCAAUCUGAUCAAAACCAACAAAGAAUACAAAUAAAAGAACAGUCUAAUAGCCAACAAUUAAGUUCUACUUGUUUUGAUCAAAGUAUACAUCCACGAUAAGUAGAGUUAAAUKACAAAUUAUCAUAUAAAGUUGCUUUUUUUUAAUGAUUGUUAAUGUAUUAUUAUUAAGGCUGAGGACAUGUAGCUCUAAAAAUCACCAAAUAUGCACUUAAAUAUAGUUUUAAAAAAAUAAUUCUUCUGUAGGUACCAAUUAUUUUAAUGAAUAAAUUGUAUUUAAAUUAUAAGUACAAUUUACAAGUUACAAUAAGUAUUGUAUUAUUUUGGUUAAUUGUAUGAGUUUUCAGAUACUUCUUAUUACUAUACUUCUAAGAACCCAUCAAUCAAUUUAGUAAGCAACUCUCGAGACAUGUUUUUAGGAAAAACUUGCGUCUGUGAAAAGUUAACAACCAUAUUAAUAUUUUGAUCAAAAUUUUAAAUAAUUUUAAAUUCAACAUUUAAAAUAUGCAUCAAAAA